GUGAAAGGAAAGACAGCCAUGAUUUGGAUGCCAUCAAAGCAUGAAAGAAAAAGCAUAGGAGUAGGGAUGAUAAACAUGGGAAAGAGGAGCUACUAAGAUUAGGCCAUGACCAAGAAGAUAAGAGGGAAUCUUAGAGAAAGUACAAAGCUCAGAGAGAUGCUUAGGACCCUGGAAUCUGUCCUAAGGAAAACAAACAAACAAACAAACAAACAAAAACAGAACCAGAAAGAUAAGACAAGGAAGAUGAGAUUAUGUAAGCCAGAUACAUGAACAUUGUUUAUGUGUAACACACACCUGUGCACAGACAUGUGAUCUCUGUCUCCAGAGGAGACAGAAGAAAAAUCCCCAGCUAGAUACACUUAAGAAAUGAUUAGCUGGGAGUAUAUGGCCCUGAAUUCACUAUUUUUCAAGUGAUUGUAAUUUGAGAAAAGUUGAUAUGGCUACAGCUUGGGUUUUCAGUGACCAAGUAAGGCCAACUAGUAAUGUCUGCUUCACUGGGUUGAGUAUUAAAUAGGUAAUUCAUAUAAGGUGUUCAACACUAUGGCUGGCACCCUUAAUAUACCAUGCAUUCUGGUAAUUAUUGUUUGGCAGUAAUUAAAUUGACUCACACAUUUGCUGAAUGCCCACUAUAUGCCAAAACUUCUGCUAGAUUUAAUAAAGGUAGAUCUUGUCUUCAAAGUGUGGAAAAGAUAGAUUUUGCAGAUGAAAAAUUAUGUUAAUAAAUGACUUGAGCAAGUUACUAUUCUACAACCCAAAACAGCAAUCUUGGAGUGAGUGGAUAAUUUAUCUUUCUUGAGCAGUCAGGAAGGAUGACAAUUGACCUAGAACUAUAUGACUUUCAGUUUAAUCCUGCAGGUUAAAAACAAAACAGAAGAGCUGAUAAAAGGGAGAUUUCUGCAAAAUUGUAAAAUUAUCUGAUGUGAUUGACAUGUAGUGUAGAAGGAACUAGAAGGGAAAAGUGAAAGCAAUCAGUUCAAGUUGCACUGAAAAAUUCCUUCUUUGGGCCUUGGGAGAGCAUCUGACAGCGCUAUAUGUCAACGCUCCCAGAUAGAAAGCAGCCUGAAGACAGGGAGAGGGUAGAGUUCCAAUAAGCCUGCAAGGAAAUGAGAAAGACCUUAGUCUUUCUCUUCAUUGACUGAUUGUGCUUCCACUGUGGGUUACAUCCAGUUUUAAGUAAGGUGGGGGAUAAUAUAACGGACCAAGUAGGCAAGGCCCUUCCCACGUGACUAUGGAUAAACAGAUGAUUUUUAAAGCCAACACAUAUACAGGGCUCAUAAACAAGACCGAGUUGUACAAAGAAGUAAAAAAAUGGAGGGUUAUGACAUAAAGUAAGGUAGGUGGGAAGGGCUUCUUUAAACCUUUUGGGGGGGAAGGUACUAGAGUCAGAGGAAAAAGACAGACAUCUAUUGGGUGGGGUUGGGGACUCAAUCAAAGAUCUUUGAAACUCUUGAAAUCAUGUUUACUUUCCAUAUGUACAUGUGAAUGUAUUUUUUUUCUAGAAGAUAAAAGGGACAGGGCUCCCAUUCCUUCAAACAUUAAAGAGCUAGUGUAUUUCAAUGCUUAUUGAGCCUUUGAGGAUUUGAAUAUAGAUGUUCAUCCAGAAAAUAUUAUCAUCAAGUGAUGAAAGAAAUCUCUCUUCAAGGCUGGACACGGUAACAUAUCUCUUUAAUCCCAGCACUUGGCAGCUCAGGAGGCAGAGAUCUCUGAGUUUAAGGUCAGUCUGGUCUACAUGGCAGGUACCAGACUGGCCAGGACUAGAGAGAGAAACCCUGCCUCAAAAACAAAACAAACCAAAAAAUCCCUGAAAGUUUAGUAUUGACACUUUUAGUAGUCAUUUAUUUAUAUAUAGAAUUAGUCUUUAAAAUUUUCCCUAUACCAAACUGUUCUGGGAAAAGGCACUUAUAUGUAUAAUAUAUAAUAAUUUAUAUAUAUUAUAUAAUUUAUAUAGAUGAUUUUUCUUUUCACUUAGCUUGUGGAUAUGGCAAGAGAUACUCAUUUGGGGUUACAAAACUUCUUACAAUAUAAAUGUAUCUGAGACGGGGGAAAUUAGAGGUGAACUUAGGGUUAUAUAAUAUCAACAAGGCUAUUAUUUUCUGUUUAAGUGUUUAAUGUAUUGUGUAUUAAAGCAUUGGUGUGAUGCCCGACACCUAUCUGGUUUAGUGUGUGUCGGGCAAACCACAUGGCUCUUUAUUUGAACAGAUUUUGGAAUGAAGGUCUGUGGGUCAGGAUGUGGCUACCACACAGGCCUACUGGCCAAUGCAAGAGUCCUCAAGCCCACCCCAGAAGAUCUGUGAAGCUUUGCCAGGGCCAAGAAGGCCCAGAGGUCUCUAGGAAGCUGAGGAGAACCUUGGGAAGAAAAGCAAUGGAGGAAGGCCCCGGGAGGCCAUAAAAGGCCUAAAAGGUCCUAGAAAGUUUUAGGCCUGAGAAGGACUAGGGCUAGUCUAAAAGGCUCCAGAAGUUUCACAGAGGACUUAAGGCCUAGCAAGGCCUGACAGGCGUGGAAGAGGAGGGGGUGGGGAGAGAGAAAGGCUGCCUCGAGGGUCCCUUCAGGGGUUCAGGCAGGCCUGGGUGGACCAUCGCGGUGGUUGCUGGGCAACAUGUCCUCGAGCAGCCCGGCCUGGCCGGGGGUGCGACCCCGCUGGAGGCACCCCCGGCCUGCAGCUGCUGCUGCCCCUCCCUGUCCUCCCGCCACAGGAAGACUGAGGUCCGGCCGGCGACCGCGGUGAAGCUGUUCGCGCAGCAUGAGGAGCCCGCGCCCCCGGCUGGAGGCAACGAAAAAGACAACGACGGCCAGUCCACGUGGGCCUUUGAGGCGGACGAGACUUUAAGGGGACAGAAGAGCAGCACCAACAAAAUGGGAAGAAAAAAUGAUGAGAACGGUGGCACCAACCUGCACAUGUCAAGCACCUUUCAGGAGACUCUCUGUCAGUGCAACUUGGAAUCAGAAGAACUCCUUGCUGAAAAUGAAAGGUUCUCACCAGAAGAGGAUGGUGCACCAGGUAGCAAAAGUAACAAGAACCAUCUGGAAACUCCGUCAGAACAGCUGUUGCUGCAGUUGACCGUAUCGGAGCAUGCUCACAGUAGAGCGCAGAACACUAACCAAGGGGUAUUUCAUAUGUGGAAUUCUCCUGUUAAUAAAGGAAGUACCAUGGAUAGCAGAGAAUUCAAAAAAUCUUCAGUGGAAACCAGCUUUAAUGCAGCCAACAGUCCCAGGCUCUUCACUCUAAACCACUCAUUAGCAAGUAUUCCGGGUUUGAUGAACAGCAAGCAAGUUAGUUCUUAUCCUGGUCAGUCAAUGCCGGCAGGUCUCUGCUGGCCUUAUGCUGAUGGAGACUUUCUUAAGGAUAAAAAUGAGUUUCGUAUUAACUCAUGUUCAGCCAUGGAAAACAACAUUAGUGACCCUUUAUCUGCUUCAAAUUGUUAUCUCAAAGGCAAAAACAGCAGUGUGGAGGAAAAUGUCACAGAUGAAAGUGACUUAUCUGAAAAUGAGAAAAUGAAUUACUCUUUGCUCAACUAUUUUAAAAAGAUGGACCUGAACUUAAAGCCAGAAAAUAUCGAACAUGUAGAGAGAUCUCUCACAGAAGCAAAUGAAGCAGCUGUAUAUGCCGACUUUCUCCCUACUCCUUUCAACACUCUGGACUUGCACAGAUUUGCUCUCUCAAAAUGUGAAAGCUGGAAGUCAGUAGUGGACCCUCCAGAAAGCUCCAUUGAGCGUUUAAUAACUCGUUUAUUGGAACUGGAAAGAUUACAACAUAUGACCAUACAAAAAGAGAGGCCAAGGCUACAAAGUACUUUCUGUAGCUCAAUGUUUUCAAUGGCAGAACGACCCUCUUCCUCUAAAGCCAUUGCACUGAAAGCCAGGCCACCAAAGCUCCCUGACACAUUGACUCUGCAGACUCCUGGCAUAGAUAAAAGUCGAGACAAGAGAAAAAACAAUUCUGGUUCUGGCAAGCCAGAACAAAGUGUUUCCAAAUGGAACUGGAGCAGUGCUAGCAAAUGUAAGUCGAACUCUAGAUCAUUGCUAAAAUGUCCAUCUACUGCAAAACAGUGUGCUGUGACUCAUGAUGACUUCAAGAAUUCUAAAAACUCCAUUUUAAACCCUUGCCAGGAACUCCCACCCAAGCCUACUACUACCCAAGUAACUCAACCACUGGCUAAAGUGGUCUCAAUAAGAUGUCUCCCGCCAAGGUCCCCAGUGCCAGUUUCACCCAUACCCCUGUCUUUUCCAGAAAAUCCGAAAGAAGAAGUUAGAGCGUCAAGGACCAAAAAGAAACUUCACCGAAAAAGCAUACUACAGAGUAGACCUUUCUACAUUCAGAAGCGAAAGUGCUUAUCACCUCCACUUAUAAUCAAGGGCAAGUGCUCACCCACUGACCAAAAAUAGCUCCUAUACGUCCCGAUGUGAGCAAAUCUAUUCAAUGAAACCCAGCUAAAACACGGUUCAUCAUUGAGACACAGGUAUUAGAAACAAAAACCUCACCCUUACAAAGUAACUCCUUGAUAUUAUAUGGGGUAGAACUUGUGAAUGUCACUGCUGUCUCUAUAUACAGUCAAGGGCUUCCUCACUGACACUGACAAUCCUCUCUAUGUUAUUCUUUGAAGAAAUAUCUCAUUUAGUAAAGCAAACUAUCAGAAGACUGUUCUUUUGUUGUAAUUGUUUUCCAAUAUGAUUCCAUCAUCAAUA